GGGGAGAGUAGGCUGCCCGCCUUUUUACUGCAGGCGGGUGAUUGUGUGGUGCACGCGCAGGCACCGCGCGCUGGGCUGGGCUGGGCUGGGUGUGUGUCUGGGUGCAAGUGAGUGCGCCUGCCCGCCGCCUGUGCUUGGGGGGGUGCGCCAGGCAUGAGCAGGAGUGUGUGUGUGUCUGGUGCGUGUGUGUGUGUGUACCUCUGUUUGGGUGUGCCUGCCUCUUGCUGGCCUGGGCUAGCCCGGGCGGGCGCUUCCUCCUCCUGUCCCCUGGGGGACAGGCUGGCGUGCACCUUGCUUUGCGCAGCCAGGAAGGAGCGACUGCCCACUUGGGCGGGAAGGAGGAGCUGGCCCGCCGGGCGUGUUGACGCACGCAGCCAGCCAGCCAGCCAGCCAGGCAGACCAAGGCGAGGGACGGCCAGGUGAGGGGGGGGCGCGAGCAGGGCCUGGGCAGAUUGGAGUGGCAUGGGCGUGAGUGAUUUUGGCUCGCCCCUGC